CCGGCAAAGCUCUCGAACAGUUGAGCCGCAGACCACGCGAUGAGCAGAUCCCCGCUUCUGAUUCUCCUGCUCCUGGCAGUGUGCUGCCCGGAGAUUCUCCAGGCGCGCUCUCUGCCGGAGGGCGGGCGCCACAGGUUCGUGCGCAGACGCGUCUCCCCCGACGACCCCGACCUGGAGAUCAUCGAGGUCAAGGAGGUGUACUUUGUGCGGCGGCCCAAGAAGGUGGUGGUGCCCCUCGACGAGGACGAGAUGGACUGGCGCAUCCGCUGCGACUUCGAGCCGAAUCUUCCGGAGUGCAGGAACUCGGCUAAGAAACCGGCGGUGACCCCCACCACCAAGGCCACGACAACAACCACAACCACAACCACUCAGGCGCCCUCCAGCACCUCAACCACCACUCGCAGAACCACUCCAGAGCCCCUGAGGGACGAGUCCAUGGAGCGGAAGAUUCGCUGUGAGUUCGAUCCCACGGCGGAGGAAUGUGCACCCUCUACCACUUCUUCCACAACAACCACUACGACCACCACCACCACGGAGUUACCCAAUCUCCCGGAGCCCGAACCUGAGCCAAGGGCUGAGACCCCUGCGGAACCCAGUGAUCCCGAAACUGAAACCGAGCCAGAACCGGAAGCCGAGCCACAAAGUGACGUGGACCCUGAAAACGAAUCGGAGGGCGGCAAGGAAGAGGUCACCGAAGAGCCGGAAGAUGUUAUCCCUCUGGACGAUGACGAUGGCGAAAGCGACAUUGACGACACUGAUGCGGAAGACCAAGAGGAUGACGCCGACCUGGAAGACUUGUACGAUGUCAACCCCAACGAAGGGGAGACCCACUCGAUCGGGGCCCACGAUGGCGGCGCCUGGAACUACAGCCAGAACUGAUGGUGAUACGGGAAGGUCGAUGUAAUUCGCCGCUUUAAUUGGGUUUCAAUAAAAUGGCAACUGCGGAA